AUGAGAAGGAUUGACCGUGUGCUUGCCUCAAACCCCACCAUUGACAACGACUUCGCGCAUGGUUCGAUUGUCAUGGGAUUUGAGGUUAGAUUACUUGAAUUCGUUAACCGAAUGCUGGCGCUCCGGGCUGAGGAGCAGGACGACCGUGCUGUGGAGGAAAGAAUCUGGCAAGCUAUGAACCAAGAUAACAUCUCGUCGACAGGAGGAACAACAGCAGUGGAGACGUUGGAUAAGCGACAUACAGUAACGGGCAACAUUGAGAACACAAUGCGCAGUCAUUUUUUAAUAUCUUUCUUCCAAAACCAGUCUUCUGUGUCGACCAAAUGCAGAAUCCAGUCCAACGACUUCCCAUAA